GAAACCAUCUUUUUGGACUCACUGAACGAGUUCUUCCGAAUUUUCCCACCUUUUCUACGUGAAAAGUUCCAUGUUGGGCCUUACUUUAGCUAUAGCAGCUGGCUCCAGCGCCGCUACAGCUUCUUCCUUUGCUAAACUUGCCAUGUCACCAGAGAUUCUUCGUCGUUUCGUGUGUCAUGACAUUCUUCUUUCUCUAGCUGUCAGCUCUCAGCAACCAAACCUUUGCUCUUGGAUGGUUAUCUCGUGUAGAGUGUUGUCGUUUGUUCUCGUGUUCAUAUUCAACGCGUUAAUGUGGACGCUGUUUGUCAAGUCUCUUAGGAAGUGUUCAUCAACAGCAGUAGCAACAGUCACUAACACAGGAUCAAACCUUGUUUGCACGGCAAUCUUAGGUGUUACAUUUUUUGAAGAAAGCCAGUCAUUGAGAUGGUGGAUUGGAGCAUCAUUGAUCUUAAUGGGACUCAUAUUAAUACAUCACAGUAGCAAAACAAAUAAUAUUCUAGAUAAUACAGAUCAAGAACUAUCAAACAAGGACAAAAAAGAAUAGUACAUUUUCAAAUAAACUUAGGCCCCGUCCACACUAUGCAGGAUAAAUUUGAAUCCGAAUUUUUAUUUAUUCGGUUCCAUUUCAAAAAUUCAUUUCUGGUGAAGAAUUGUUCCGGAUUUGCCCGGACUAGUGUGGACGGUAGGCCUAACCGAAUAAAUAAAAAUUCGGAUUCAAAUUUAUCCGGCAUAGUAUGGACGGGGCCUUAAAUUUCAAGACAAAUUCUUAGAAUUGUUAGGUAAGCAUGGAUUCUAUGAAUUUUGAACAAAACUUAGAUUAUUAUAAGGGACUUCUUAUCCUGUCAUGGAUCUCUGUCUUGUGGCCGCCAUGUUUAUAUUCUUGGUGCAUGCCAAAGCCUUGACAGUGAUUCUCAUUUACAUACAUACAUAGUUUAUUCAAAUCGCAWAUAAAUUAUUGACAAAUAGUAAAAUACAAGUAAGAGCAGAGGCUAGCA